AUGAUGGAGCCAUUGAUGAAGAUAUGGAGCUUUGAUCUUGUGGCAUGGAGGGGUUUCUUGUUUUCAGCAUUGAUACUUAACUUUAUAUUCGCUUGCCAACUCUUUUUCCUUCAACCCCUUGUAUCUGCUUUAGACGCCAAACCUGGUGAUGCUGCUGCAUUGUUUGAGAGAGUUGCACAAAAUGUAAAAGUUAAGAAAUACAGUGAGGCACUUAAUGAUCUAAAUUCAGCCAUAGAGGCAGACCCAACACUUUCAGAGGCGUAUUGGCACCGUGCAUCUCUCCUUCGUCAGUUGUGCAGAUAUGAGGAAUCGGAAAAAAGCUACAAAAAGUUUCUGGAGAUGAAACCAAGAGACUCAGCUGCAGAGAAGGAGCUUUCUCAGAUGCACCAAGCUAAGAGUGCUCUUGAUUCAGCUACCAACCUGUUGGACACGGAUGACAUUAAAAAAGCGUUGGAGUAUAUUGAUAAAGUCGUACUAGUUUUCUCUCCAGCAUGCUCCAAGGCCAAACUCCUUAAGGUGAAGCUAUUGCUAGCAGAUAAAGAUUAUUCAGGUGUCAUAUCCGAGGCAGGAUUUAUACUUAAAGAGGAUGAGGAUAAUCUGGAGGCUUUACUUCUACGAGGCCGUGCCUACUACUAUCUGGCUGAUCAUGAUGUAUCCUUACGGCACUACCAAAAAGGUCUUCGUUCAGACCCAGAGCACGGGGAAUUGAAGAAAGCCUAUUUUGGCUUGAAAAACUUACUUAAAAAAACUAAAAGCGCAGACGAUAACGUAAGUAAGGGUAAAUUUCGUCUUGCUGUGGAGGAGUACAAAGCAGCCCUGGCGUUGGACCCCAACCAUUCUGCACAUAAUGUAAAUCUUCAUCUUGGUUUGUGCAAAGUCUUGGUAAAGCUUGGAAGGGGGAAGGAUGCUAUAUCAAGCUGUUCAGAAGCCCUUGAACUUGAUGGAGAGCUUAUCGAUGCUCUAGUGCAGAGGGGUGAAGCCAAGCUUCUAACAGAAGAUUGGGAGGGAGCUGUUGCAGAUUUGAAAGAAGCAGCUGAAAAAUCUCCUCAGGAUAGGAAUAUUCGUGAAGUGCUGAUGAGGGCUGAGAGAUCAUUAAAAUUAAGUAAACGGAAGGAUUGGUAUAAGAUAUUGGGAGUGUCAAAGACAUCAUCUGUAUCAGAGAUAAAAAAGGCAUACAAAAAGCUUGCGCUGCAAUGGCACCCUGACAAGAACGUUGACAACAGAGAAGAAGCUGAAGAAAAGUUUCGUGAAAUAGCAGCUGCAUAUGAGGUUCUCGGGGAUGAGGAAAAACGUACACGAUAUGACCAAGGGGAAGACAUUGAAGACAUGGGUUCAGGGAUGGGUGGUGGAGGAUUCAACCCAUUCGGUGGAGGAUUUGGUGGAGGAUUUGGCGGAGGAGGGCAGCAGUACACAUUCCACUUUGAAGGAGGAUUUCCAGGUGGAGGCGGGGGAGGGGGAUUUGGCGGAUUUCAUUUUUGA